UGAAAUGUCGUUGAAGACCUGAAAUUGUUAGUGUCCUUUCGGACUCCUGGCCAGUCGCAUUUUCAAAUAUAAAUAAGUCGCGUUUCAAGUUUGCCUCCUUAAAAAAAUUUAAUUAUCGAAAAUGUACUCGCGAGUAGUUCUCACAUACUUUUUUGUGACAAUUAUAAUUAGUGGCCGCCAAUGUGUCGAAAAUGUGACAACAGAUUAUCCCCAAAUUGACAAUGCACUUGCCAAACUGGUUAAAAUGUUUUCCAAACCCGGUGCCUUCAAAAGGAUCGACACAAUAUUUGAAGAAAAUUUGCUUGAAACUUCAACGACUUGUCCGCAAGGUGACGAAGGUCUUGAAUGCAGAAGAGCCGAAGCUCGAAGAUCGGUCGAUUGUCCUGGAGGUGACUGCUUCUGCCAUAAUUGCUCUGCAGCUGGACCGGAACUUUGGUCCUCCUGUUGUCGGGGAAGUUCAAGGUGUUGUUCGCAUUUGGCAGCUGCUUGUAGAAAUUGCGAUCAACCAACGCUCUAUCAGUUUUGCGCUAAGAAUUUCAAAAAAUGCCUGAGCCAACUCAACGAAAAGCAAACAAAUCUACUUGAUAAUUCAACCACAGACUGGUUUUCUCUGCACACUUAUUAGAGAAAACUGUAACCAGGCACUCAGAAAAAUCAACAUAAACGACAAAUCGAUUUUUCGAGACCUGAUUCGCAUUUUUCCACCAAAACACGAAACCUACCUAAAUAUGUGUAUUAUUUUUCUAGAAAUGUGCCAUUCACAAUGUAAGUAGUAACAAAAUAAAAUGUCUAGCAAACACAACCUGCUACAUUCGCAGAUUUCACGGUAUGAAAUGCUGCCAAAACCAGGGGAAAUAGAGUAAUUUUUUAACAAAAGAAAGAGAAUUCUUUCAAAUAAAAUGAUUAUAUAUAAUAUA